AUGUUCGCUACCAGAGUUCUCCGCCAGGCUGCUGCCCACGCCGAGCGCGUCCCCAGCAUCCGCUUCCUUGGUCCCCGCACCAUUCCUUCUUCCGUCGACCACACUCCCGCCCCUCACCCGGCCUCUCCUACCGGCACCCUGCCCCCCAACUUCGGCAACGGCUCUGCCGCUCCCAGAAACAACAGCUUCAGCUCCUACCGCGACCACGCCCAGCAGCACGGCCCCCUCCAGCGCGCCGUUGGCGGAGGCAUCGGUGGCACUUCUGGCCACGAGCUGGGCUCUGUUGUCCCCCCUACGGGCAUCUUCUUCGAUCGCUCUGAGCUCCCUGCCCGCUUCCGCCGUCAGCCCAUUGACCUUGCUGAGAUCGAGGCUGUCGAGUCUGGCGGUGCUGCCAUCUUCGGCUGA